CCGCCGUCGGUCCGCCCUUCCCUGGACUUCACGUUGCAAUCUAUAAAAGAAUUGGACUGUAACUCAUCUUCAAUUGUGUAUCAGUGACUGCAGCAGUGUUGUGUUGUGUUCACGUACCAAACUUGCCAAGAAAACUGCCACAAUGCAGACAUCAACAUUCGUUGUGCUAACAUGCCUCAUCGCUGUAGUUGUAGCAGACUUGUAUAUUGAACAAUACCAGUCGCCAGUAGUGGACACCGUCCAGGAAUCUGUAUAUGACACUCCCGUGAACGACAGAAGUCCUAGGACGAAGAGAGGGCUGCUUCUAUUGAAGAAGAAGCUACUACUUGGUGCUCUUGGGCUGAAGGCGGCUAAAGUUGGUGCGGUGGGAGCCGGAGUGGUCGGCGCCAUAGCUCUUAAGAGUAAAGCAGGCCAUCAUCACCAUCCUCCACCUACAUACGUAGAAAUCCAUAGCCCACCUCACUACCAUCACCCUGUAGCAUACGUAGAAGAACAUAGCUGGCAUUGAGAGUUUUCUGAAGGCAAGUCAAGAGUACUGCAGAACACUGAUUUAGUUUUAAGCUUACAGUUUUUAGGUUUAUAAGGUUCUGAAUAGACUGUUAAAAAAAUCUUGUAAUUUUUAAACCACUAAGGAAGAAGGUGAAUUUAGAUUAAAUGUUCAAGUUUCUCAGAUCCCAACAGAUUGAUAUGCCUGCUCGUGAUAGUGUGAUGUUUUCAUAAAGCAGCAUCUCUCUUUGUGUAUUUAAUGUUUUUGUAAUAAUUGUUUCAUGAGGCCUUGAAAUUGUCAUUCCUGUGUAACUAAAAUUUGUUGAACUUAGUUGGAAGCUCCACACUGCUUUUGAAUUUUAGAAAAUACUCAAAUGAAGCUGCAUUGUUUCAAUAUUAAUUUAGCACCAAAUAAAUGUGCUUUGAGUGUAUUCAAAGUUAUGGUCCAGUAUUAAAAUUAAAAUGAUUUGAAGUUUCAAGGAAUUUAUGAUAUCGAUAUGUUACAGGAAUAAUACGUACACAUUGAUUGAUAAGUGAGUAAUAAAUCUGACGGCGUGCUGGUGGAGGUGUAUUCCAGGGUGCCAUGUAGUGAUUAGUCAACUUAACGGUUUGAACUAGCACACCUUUGUUGACAUAUACUAUUUGAAACAAUAUAAAACUCAUUUACUAAUACAUUUUUUAGUUGUUUGAAUUUGUAAAUCAAAAAUUAUUUUUACUUUCAUGUUUUUAUAAAUUUGAGUGUAGUCAGCAUUCAAGUUGCAUCCAAGGUUGUUAUUCUAUUAAAAUAUUUUGUUUACUAUUUUAACAUUUGUGUUAUUGUAGGGUUAUUAGAAACCAAAGUAUCUUUGAUGGCACACUGAAGUUAACCCAAUAAAGUUUGUUGGUGUGUUAAUUAGUCAUCAUUUUUGUUGUUCUGGUUAUAGAAAAUUCAAAUUAUUGAAAUAAAUGAGUUUUAUUAUUGUUUAAAGUAGCCAUUAACAUGUUUACUUUAUAUGCAAGCGAAUUAGUGUUUGACAGAAAUGUUGUUUAAUAGAUAGAUCAAAAUGGUAUGAUGACUAUUUUUAUUAAGUUUUGAUCCUAUUAUUACAGUCAAAACAAUACAAGCUAGCUUCUGAAUCAGUUUUGAAGAUCGGAAACAUGCACAUUUAUAGAAAUGUAUCCUCGAAACAGUAUGACAAGGAAUUUUGAUUCAGUAGACAAUGAGUACUAAUCUCUGUAUAUAAAAAUGAAUUGCUGUUCGUUAGCCUCGCUAAAACUCGAGAACGGCUAGACCGAUUUGGCUAAUUUUGGUCUUGAAUUAUUCGUGGAAGUCCAGAGAAGGUUUAAAAGGUAGAUAAAUAUGAAAAUGCUCGGAAUGAAAUAAAAAUAAAAAAAAUAUUUUUCCUUUUUUUGUUUUACGUUUAUUUUAUACAAAAGUUUAGGACUUUUAUUUAUCGAUUGAGGCACUACGAAUUCUGCUAGGUCAGCUAGUUUAAAAAUAAAUUAAAUAGUACUAAAUGCAGCAGCAGCAACAACAUUUUGAUUUUUACUCACGUGAAAAAAGUACCAGGUGAUAAUUUCCUAAUUAUCGAAAGUAAUUAGUUAUAGUACUCGGUGUGAAAGGUCAAAUGUGCAUGUUUUAAGUAGAAUUACCUCGUUUAAGUCGCAGAUUGAUUUCAAAGAUGAAAUUAGAGUCACUUCAAACAUUCAAAUAAACCAAAUAACAGUUGUUAUAACAUUUAUAACACUUUGUUGUCAGUCAACUUUAUACUUUGUGUUAUUUUUAAUAAAUAGUAUUUACCUAUG